AUGGCAGCUCAGUUGGUGGAAUGUGUCCCCAAUUUCUCAGAGGGCAAAAAUCAAGAGGUUAUUGACGCCAUCUCGGCGGCCAUUAGCAGCACAUCCGGAUGUACCCUGCUGGAUGUCGACCCCGGAGCCUCCACCAACCGAACCGUAUACACAUUUGUGGGCCCUCCUGAAGCUGUGGUGGAAGGAGCGCUGAACGCCGCCCGUCAGGCAUUCAGCCUCAUUGACAUGAGCUGCCACUCAGGUGAGCACCCUCGUAUGGGGGCGCUGGAUGUCUGUCCUUUCAUUCCUGUCCAGAACGUCAGUAUGGAGGACUGUGUCCGUUGCGCCAACGUCUUUGGACAGAGACUGACGGAUAUGCUGCAUGUGCCAGUGUUCCUUUACGGCAAAGCAGCACGGAGCGAGGCACGGAGGAGUCUUCCAUCUGUGCGAGCUGGCGAGUACGAAGCUUUAGCUGAAAAGCUGAAACAGAAGGAGUGGGCUCCAGACUUUGGCCCCGCCACCUUUGUCGCAUCCUGGGGUGCCACGGUGACAGGCGCUCGUAAGUUCCUCAUCGCCUACAAUGUAAAUGUGAUUGGCACCAAGGAACAGGCGCAUCGCAUUGCACUGGAUAUAAGGGAACAGGGCCGAAGAAAAGACCAGCCAGGGUUGCUGAAAAAGGUGCAAGCCAUCGGCUGGUACUUAGACGAGGCCAGUAUCGCUCAGGUGUCCACCAACAUCCUGGAUUAUGAGCAGACUCCCCUCCACCGUGUCUAUGAGGAGAUCUGCAAGGAUGCGGAGGAUCUGAAGCUGCCCAUCGUUGGCUCUCAGAUUGUCGGUUUGAUACCUCUCAAAGCUCUUCUGGAUGCUGCAGACUUCUACAUUGCCAGAGAAGAACUCUUCAUCGUGGAAGAGGAGCAUAAAUUGCGACUGGUGAUCAGCAAGCUGGGGCUCGACUCAUUGGGUCCAUUCAAAGCAAAGGAGCGAAUAAUUGAGUACAUGGUGAGGUCACAGGACGACGGCCGCCUGGUGUCUCUUUCUCUGCAGCAGUUCAUUCGUAGCGUUGGCGCUCGGACGGCUGCCCCUGGUGGUGGCUCAGUCUCUGCCGCCAUAGCUGCUCUGGGAGCAGCACUGGGCGCCAUGGUGGGCCAGAUGACGUAUGGCAAGAGGCAGUUUGAGGCUGUGGACGGCCUUAUGAGGAAACUGAUUCCUUCGUUUCAUCACGCCAUGAACGAGCUGCUGGACAUGGUGGACAGUGACUCAUCUGCCUUCAACAGCUACAUGGCAGCACUGAAGAUGCCCAAAAAUACUGAGGAGGAAGUAAAACGGCGUGAGGUGGCCUUGCAGGAGGGGCUGAAGCGAGCAGUGGGUGUCCCCUUAGCUUUGGCUGAGAGGGUCAGCACCCUCUGGCCACCACUUAAAGAACUUGUCUUAUACGGGAACAUCGGCUGCAAAUCAGAUGUUCAGGUUGCAGUAAAAGCGUUGGAGACGGCAGUUUUCGGGGCCUACUACAAUGUGAUCAUCAACCUUCAAGACAUCACAGAUGACAGCUUCAAGAUGGAGACUCAGUCCAGAGUGUCAGCAUUGUUACAGGAGGCGAAAAGCUGCGCCACCACCAUCCUUGAGGCUGCCGACAAGCGGACCUAA